GAAGUUAUGAGAUCCGACACUAUGGACCAGCUAAGUGGGUCAGCACUUCCGUGGAGUCUAUGGACUGGGAUUCAGCCAUCCAGACGGGCUUUACAAAACUGAACAGCUACAUACAAGGCAAAAACGAGAAAGAGAUGAAAAUAAAGAUGACAGCCCCAGUGAUGAGCUACGUGGAACCCGGUUCAGGUCCUUUUAGUGAGUCUACCAUUACCAUUUCCCUGUAUAUUCCCUCUGAACAGCAAUUUGAUCCACCCAGGCCUUCAGAGUCAGAUGUCUUCAUUGAAGACAGAGCCGAAAUGACUGUGUUUGUACGGUCCUUCGAUGGAUUCUCUAGUGCCCAAAAGAAUCAAGAGCAACUUUUGACAUUAGCAAGCAUUUUGAGGGAAGAUGGAAAAGUUUUCGAUGAAAAGGUUUACUACACUGCAGGCUACAAUAGUCCUUUCAAGUUGCUUAAUCGAAAUAAUGAAGUGUGGUUGAUUCAGAAAAAUGAACCCUCCAAAGAAAAUGAAUGAAGAAAUGAAAGGAAGUUCUGUUGCCAGGGGCACAACUCCUGUUUAACGUAGACGCCAACACAACCCAUAAGUAA